AUAAAAAGGAUUUUAUCUAUAAUACCCGUACUAUGGUGACGUAACCACCAUAUAAUGCAGCCAUAUUGCGUAUUGAAAUAUAUUAGGUUUUUUGCACGAAUAAAUAUAUCAAAAUGAGUCGAAACAGGAAAUGAUAUGAAUCCAGCAGAAGGAGAGAAAUUUUCCUAGGCAGCUUAAGUCUAAAAUGCCACUACUUACGAAACUCAGGCACCAAUUGGCCUUGAUGCUUAUUGCACUGGCGUCUUUAUUCGUCAUUGGAGGUCGCUUUACAGCUCCGGUGCAUUUCUUCAGGAUACAGAAACCAGCAUACGUUUUAGUGGGAUAUACUUCGUCGUUGUCUUUUCGUCAGACCACCUCAUUUAAUUCUACUUUAAAAACGCCAAUACCUGCAACUGAAAGAUGGAAAAAUGAAUCUACAAAAUACAUAAAAACUAAUGGAGAAAUGAAUGCAGACAAGACGAGAAGUUCUUGUAAGAAAUUUCAGUCGUUUCAACAGAAAAUCCAAUUUACUGUGAGGUGGAACGAAAACAAAACCUUACUUUUGUGUCCAAUCUAUAAAGUCGGAACGACCUUCUGGAGGCGGGUGUUUAUGAUAGAUAGUGAAAAGAAAUUUUCCCACCUUGUAAACCCAUAUGAAAUUUCUUUUGAUACGGAAUACGCUGCAACAAAGUUCGUUUGGAAUCCAAGGAUCAAAUCCAAGCCAUACAAAGUAAUGUUCACAAGAGACCCAUACAAUAGAUUAUUUUCAUUCUAUGUGGACAAAUUAUUAGCGCCGAAUCCUUACUUCUGGAAAACUGUCGGUGUAAAGAUAGCUGCAUUAACUAGAGGGGUUCGGGGACGAACACGUAAAGAUAUAUGCGGACAUGACAUAACAUUCCCCGAAUUUAUUAAGUACGUUAUUCAUACACUUGAAACAAGAAGAGAUGUUGACCCACAUUGGGUAGAAAUGGAAAGAAGUUGCUACCCUUGUGAAAUGGAGUACGAUUUUGUGGGUAAAAUGGAAAACUUUCAAGAAGAUUCGAUAGAUAUUCUCAAAAAACUCGGAUUAACAAAGAUGGCGUCAUUUUUGGAGAAAAAUGGAAAGGAAGUUUCCGACAUUGAUGCUAUCGGCGACACAUUAAAUCAGCCGUUUGCAUUUCGAAAACAAUAUGGAAGGUGCAUAUCCUUUAAAGAGGCAAUAUUACGCUCUUGGCGCAAACUACAAAUAAGAGGUCUCAUCGAAAACGAUACACUUAACAUAACUUUAAUAAAUGAUAGUGCAUUAACGUUGAGCGGUAUUAUUGCUAUUGCUAAGGAAUUAAGAAAAUCGUCCACUGCUCCAGGGCGCAAACAAAUCAAAAAUGCAAUGUACAAGGCAAUUUGGAGCAAUGUGAGUCUAAGUGAUUUGUACAAACUUCAAGAGCUUUACGCCAAAGACUUUAACCUGUUUGGUUAUGAUAACAUGCCAACUACAAUAUUUCCGUGAGGUACAGAAAUAUAAAAUCACAGUCAAGUGGAAUAUAUAUUUGCUUUCAUAUUUUACAAGCAAAACAGCCGUUCAGUGACAUUGAACUUAAUUUCUGCACACUGUGUGUGUAAUUUUUGAAGUUUCUCUCUACCGUCUCCUUAUUGUAAAACUCAAAUUAUAUCAUAUUUUACCGACGUCAAAGAAACUUUAUUGGUUUCAAUGUAGAAGUAUUUAUUUUGUAAAUUAGCCAUGUUUAAAUUAACAUUUGCCACCCAAAGAAUUCGGGUGUCAAACUAAAAAAAAGUGCAAGUCAAUAAUUAUUUUGUGUGUAAUUAUUUGCAGUUUCUUUCCAAAGUCUCGUUUUUUUUAAAACUUAAGUUAUAUCACAUUUUACC